AUGUCCGACGCCGGCGAAGCCCUGGGUCCGGGGCCCCGACUAGGGGCCGAAGCUGGCGAGGGCCGCCUGGGCGCCCCGGCCCAGGAUAAAUGUGAAAAAGAAAAUCCCGAGAGAGAUGUAACUCAUGCUACGAACAGCUGCUUCACACAUGGAGAGAUGCAAGACCGCUUCAUUUGGGGAAAUUGUUCAGAGGAUGAACGCAUCAGCACCCAACCUCAGCGCUUGCCUCAGCUUCAAACUUCAGCACAAGAACCCAGUGAGGGGGACACAGACCGGACAAAGAACUGCCACAGAAGUCUGAGCGAUGGAAACGGAAUUCACCGUGGAGCCAAACAUGUGGCAGUGGAUAAUCGAAGACUUUCAGCACCUGUUUCUCAAAAAAUGCAUAGGAAAAUCCAGUCCAGCUCGUCUGUAAAUAGUGAGAUCAAUAAGAGUGAAGUAAAUGCAGCCUUUUCCCAAAAGCCAGGCUCCUCAACUGAAGGGAGAGGGCCAGGUGGUCUCUAUUGCUUGACUGACUAG